AUGGCCGAACGGGAUUUGGUAAAUAUAAACACGGCAACAGAGAUGGAAAUGAGGCAACUUCCAGGCAUAGGGCCGAAGAGAGCGGCCAGAAUUAUGGAAAUACGGGAGCAAUGUGGGUACGUUUCAAUGCCCCAAUUUACGGCGGUUUUUCAUGGAAGAAAGCUGGACAGGGACCUGGUAAAUCUUAUAGAUUUUGAGGACAAUAUCCCUGGGCCGGAGGAUCAACAUUCUGAGUCACAUAAUUUAAGGGACCUGCUAGGACAAGUACCAGCUAUGGGUACUAUCACACCCCAACAAGGGACGCAGGACCUAGGGCGCUCAUUACCGAAGGAACCCCCACAAACAGCCCCGAUAAUGGCUCCUACCCAGGUUGCCCCAUCCCGUGUUACCCAACCCAAGGUGGUCCCACCCCAGAUAGCUGCACUCAAUGUUCCCCAAACCCGUGUUACACCCACCAUUAUGUAUGGUGCAGGUAGGGAGGCUGAUACCCGUUACCAGGAUGUGGAGGAUAGUACUGACAACGGAGUUGACCCAUGGUCACCAUUAAAUCUACCGGGUAAGCAGUUGAGACGUGCACGAAACCCAUAUAUGGCCGAUUUCCCCAAGGUUCCAGACAGGACCCAAGUUCCUGUAGUAGGGGGAGAGGGAGUCAGACAUAGGGUGAGGUCAAAACAUGGGGUGAAACAGGAGAUGGUGGAGCACAGCGCAGCUGAAUCAGGAUAUUCCUAUACAUCAGGUUCCAUCAGCGUGCAUGAAAUGUAUCAGGAGCUGAUAGGAAUGCGAAGCAGUAGUUUGGCGUUUAAGGAUAACUUCCAGCACCAGUCUAGUUGUCCGUCUAGUCCAACUGUUUACCAGGACAUGCCAGUGAGGACCCUGAGUAACCUUGACAAGGUCAAGCAGCAACAUGACAUUAGACAGUAUGCAUCAAGUAGGUGCUCGAGGUCAUCAAGGUCAAGGUCGCCGGAUGUAGUUCCUACUCAUAGGAAACAUGUAGGGGCCCCUGGUACACAGAUGGUAUCAUCUAGGCAUAGAAGAGACCACAAAAGGUCACAGGACAGCAGUGAUGGCCGAGAUUUGGUAUCAGACCGGACACGAGGGAAACAGUAUGAGGGGAGACACAGGGGUAAUCAACACAAAUACAGAACCCCGUCAAGGUCACCCUCGCCUUCGGGGUCAUUAUAUGACACGAGGUCAAAAUCCAGGUCGAAGCCAUCAGGGAGGCAUGCUGGGAAGUCCUCAAGGACGCCAUCAAGGGACGGACAUGGCCGUAGACAUAGUCCUUCUAGGAUGGGACAUGGCUCUUAUAGAGCUAAAUCUCGUCACUGCCAGUCACGUAAGCAUUACAGCUCUGAUUCUGAUUCACAGAGCCCUUAUAGAGGCUAUCGGAACAGAAAAGAUAGGUCGCAUUCCAGACAUCGACAUGGACAACGUCGUCAUGAUCGUGAGGCGAGAGAGAGAUCAAGGUUUUACUUUGAUUCAUCAGCUACCUCUAGUGACGGCGACUAUUCGGAGGAAUACCAGGGACAUUCAUCCAAAAGGGGAAAUCCUAUGAGAAUACCCAAAAAUUUGAAGUUCGAUGGUAAGAGUAAUUGGCUGUCCUUCAAGUAG